CGCGCUGCGUGGGGAACUUGCAACGGUCUGGGGGGCGGCGGGGCGCAAGCCCGGUCAGCCCCGGGGGCCCAGCGUGCCCCGGGCGAGCCCGAGCGCCCAAGUGGCGCGCACGAGGCGUCCUCGCCGAGGGACGGCGGCGAAUCGUAGCGCACACACCAGCCUUUCUCGGCCUGGGCGCGCCGGCGUGCCGGCCCGGGGCGCACGCUCCGGCGGACUCUCUCCCUCCGGAACCAGGGUGCGGGGAAGGCGGGGCGGGGGGCGCGCGGGCCGGGACGGACUGUGGGCCGGAAGUGAAGCGCCCGCGGCCGGGCGCGCGGGCCCCGCCCACUUCCGUCGGAGGGAGCGGCCAUGGCGCACAUCACCAUCAACCAGUACCUGCAGCAGGUCUAUGAAGCCAUCGACAGCAGAGAUGGGGCAUCCUGUGCGGAGCUGGUGUCUUUCAAGCAUCCUCAUGUCGCCAACCCACGGCUCCAGAUGGCCUCCCCAGAAGAGAAGUGUCAGCAGGUUUUGGAACCCCCUUAUGACGAAAUGUUUGCUGCUCAUUUAAGAUGCACUUACGCGGUGGGGAACCACGACUUCAUCGAGGCGUACAAAUGCCAGACUGUCAUCGUCCAAUCGUUCCUGCGUGCAUUUCAAGCCCACAAAGAAGAAAACUGGGCUCUGCCCGUCAUGUAUGCCGUAGCACUCGACCUUCGAGUCUUCGCCAAUAACGCAGACCAGCAGUUGGUAAAGAAAGGGAAGAGCAAAGUCGGGGACAUGCUGGAAAAGGCAGCCGAGCUGCUGAUGAGCUGCUUCCGCGUCUGCGCCAGUGACACCCGGGCCGGCAUCGAGGACUCUAAGAAGUGGGGGAUGCUGUUCCUGGUGAACCAGCUAUUCAAGAUCUACUUUAAGAUCAACAAGCUACACCUGUGCAAGCCCCUCAUCAGAGCCAUCGACAGCUCGAACCUGAAAGAGGACUACAGCACUGCCCAGAGGGUGACGUUCAGGUACUACGUCGGGCGCAAGGCCAUGUUCGACAGCGACUUCAAGCAAGCGGAGGAGUACCUGUCCUUUGCCUUCGAGCACUGCCACCGCUCGAGUCAGAAGAACAAGAGGAUGAUUCUGAUAUAUUUGCUGCCAGUAAAAAUGCUGCUGGGUCACAUGCCGACCAUCGAGCUGUUGAGGAAGUAUCAUCUCAUGCAGUUUGCCGAAGUGACCAAAGCCGUCAGCGAAGGCAACCUUCUGCUCUUGAAUGAGGCCUUGACGAAGCACGAGACCUUCUUUAUUCGCUGUGGCAUUUUCCUUAUCCUUGAAAAGCUGAAGAUCAUCACCUACAGGAAUCUUUUCAAGAAAGUGUAUCUGCUGCUCAGAACACACCAGUUGUCUCUAGAUGCCUUCCUGGUCGCCUUGAAGUUCAUGCAGGUGGAAGACGUGGACAUUGAUGAGGUCCAGUGCAUCCUGGCCAACCUGAUCUACAUGGGUCACAUCAAAGGCUACAUAUCACAUCAGCAUCAGAAGUUAGUUGUUAGCAAGCAGAACCCGUUCCCCCCACUGUCAACAGUGUGUUGACUGUGCAUACACUCCGAGGACAGGACAGCUGUGUCUCCUCUAGCUUUUGUCUGCGUGGAUGGACUCGGUGUUGUCUGCAGCCGGACUCUGGGGCUCGUUUGCUGGCGCACAUGACUCCUGGAAACCUCCAUGGUCACUCACAAGUAACGUCCGCCGUGUAGACAGCUGGAGCUCCCUCUUGAGAAAAUGGGCCUGUCCGUUCCCAUUGGAGCUGGGGAAGUGUCCAUGGAGGGCUCCGGCUCACUCUUCUUAAAAGCGUCUUCCUCAAUUUUUAUGUAACUUUUUCUGUAAAACGUCAUCCUGAAUUUAUACAGAUGGUGUAUUCUUUAUUUUAUCUUAAUAUUUUCAUUUGUUAAAUUAGAACAUUGUACAUGAUUAAAAUGCUUGGUUAACUGAA